AUGGUGGAGGGAUGCGACGACGACGACAAAGGACGAAGGAUGACGAAGGGACACGAUGGCAACGGCGAAGGACGGAGGAUGGUGAAGGGACGCGACGCGACGGCGAAGGGACGCGACGCGACGACAAGGGGAGAUUAUGACCAUGAUGAGGUAAUGGAAGAAAAUAAUGUUAUUGAUGAGUUGGCCAGUUGUGGUUGGAAAUUGAAAUUGUGCAUGUCAUUUGACUCUGAACAAGCUACAUAUGACUUUUACAAUAACUAUGGCGGAAAGGUGGGCUUUAGUAUUAAGAAGGCAUAUGAACACAAGAACAAACAAACUAAGGAAAUAACUUCACAAACUUUUGUAUGUUACAAAGAGGGAACUCGGGGUAUUGAUAAGCGAAAUCCAUUAGUAAAAUUUCCGAGACAAGAGGUGAGAUGUGAUUGUGGUGCCCGAUUUAGUAUCAAGGUAGAUAGAAAUUCAGGAAAAUAUAUUGUGAUUGAUAUUGUUGAACAUCAUAAUCAUGACCUUGUGCCUCAAGAGUGCAUUCAUAUGUUGCCAUCCCAAAGAAAAAUAUCUACCACCCAAGCAAUUGAAGUAGAAUUGGCUUCAGAAUCUGGAAUUCCUCUUAGGUCUGCUUAUGAGCUAUUUGGUAGGGAAUCUGGUGGAAGAGCAUCAAUUGGCUUCACGAAAUUGGAUCAAAAAAAUUACGUGAGAUCGAAAAGACAAAAUGAUUUGGAAUUUAGAGAAGCGGGUAGUGUGUUGUAG